AUGUUCAAUAAGUACCCCGAUGGUCGCUUUCGAUUUCUCCACGGCACAACCGCCGCCGUGAACCACACAAAAAGGGUGGCAUCGAUAAAGUUACCAUCAGGGGAAGGGGAAGAGAUUGAAUAUCACGCCCUCAUCAUUGCCACGGGCGCUUCUACUCCAUCUCCAGCCCUCGGUCUCAACAAGGAUGUCCAGCAACUUCGCAGUAGCUGGGCUGCUAUACGAAAAGUACUCCCAACCGCAAAGAACAUUGUGAUAGCAGGCGGCGGUCCUGCCGGCUCGAGGUCGAGUCCGCCCAAAGUUGACAUUAAAAUCGUUACUUCGACGCCAAACAUUUUGCCGGUACUUCGUUCUGAAAUCGCCCAGACUGCUGAGAAAUAUUUGGCCAACGUUGGGGUGACCGUCAUCAAGAACGUCCGAGUAAAGAAGGUCGAGCCCUCAAAUUCAGGCGAGGACAAGAACGAUCAGAUUGCGGUUCCUACGACGGUGACAUUGGAUAAUGGGCAAAUCCUUGAAGCAGACCUGUAUAUUCCUGCUACAGGCACAACACCCAAUACCGGAUUUCUUGAUGAGACCCUUCUUGCUCCGGACGGACGAGUUGAGACGAACAAAUCGACAUUGCGUGUCGAAAAGGCAGGAAUCAGGGUGUACGCCAUUGGUGACGCUGCGUCUUUUGCCCGCCCGACAGUGCAUAGUAUCUUCAAAGCAGUGCCAGUUCUCUGUGCCAACAUCAAGCGGGAUUUGCUACUCUCUGGUGGAGCCACCAAGGCCGAAGCUGGCGAGGAUUGUAUUUUUACAGAAGAUACACGCGAGGCGCAGUUGGUGCCGAUCGGCAGGUCGAAAGGCGUUGGAGCUGUGAUGGGCUACAGGCUCCCAAGCUUCUUGAUAUGGCUUGUUAAAGGCCGUGAUUAUUUUUUGUGGACGACAGGGAAGUUAUGGAGUGGCGAACAAUGGACGAAAUAG